AAGAAAAAAAAUAAUAUCACAGAAAAAUAAUAUUACUAGUCUCUUUCUCUCUUCCCCCAUUGACCAUGUUCCUCACCCCAACCAACACCUAUCUCUUACGCCGCCGUCGAUCACCGCCAUUCUCCGCCGUAACCGUCAUCCGGGAGAGGAAGGUUUACCAGGGGACUUGAGGAUCAAAAUAAUUUCAAUCGCACCGUUGUUUAUACGGAUAGACAGAUGGCUAUAGAUUCGAGUGAUUUAUCCGAGCCUGCUCCUUCUUGGUUUACUCCCAAAAGGUUGCUUGUAGUAUUCUGUGUGAUCAACAUGGUGAAUUACGUUGAUCGAGGAGCAAUUGCAAGUAAUGGUGUAAACGGGAGUCCGAGAAGCUGUACAGAGAGCGGUGUGUGCUCAGAUGGUAGUGGAAUUCAGGGUGAUUUUGACUUGAAUAAUUUUAGAGACGGUGUCAUUUCGUCUGCUUUCAUGGUUGGACUUCUUGUUGCAUCUCCGAUAUUUGCAUCCCUCGCCAAGAGCAUUAAUCCGUUUAGACUUAUUGGAGUCGGAUUGUCAGUAUGGACUCUUGCUGCAGCUGGCUGUGGGCUUUCAGUUGACUUCUGGUCCAUCACAUUUUGCCGAAUGUUAGUUGGUGUUGGUGAAGCUUCUUUCAUAAGUCUUGCUGCUCCAUUUAUCGAUGACAAUGCUCCAGUUGCGCAGAGAACAGCAUGGCUGGGAAUAUUCUACAUGUGCAUACCAACUGGAAUAGCUGUUGGUUAUGUUUAUGGUGGAGUGGUCGGUGGUAGUGCCGGUUGGCGCUAUGCGUUUUUUGGUGAGGCAAUUCUCAUGCUGCCAUUUGCUAUUUUGGGCUUCACAAUGAAGCCGUUACAAAUGAAAGGUAUGUCGCAUGAUAAAAAAGUUUACGGCUCCUUAGAUGAAGAGGUCAUCGAGCAUAGUUCUAAAGAACAUUCCAGCUAUGGUUCAUUUGCCUCCAAUCAGUUAUCUAGAUUUUGGCAAGAUAUAAAGGCUCUUUUGCUUGAGAAGAUAUAUGUCAUAAAUGUUCUAGGUUAUAUUGCGUAUAAUUUUGUCAUUGGUGCAUAUUCGUACUGGGGACCGAAGGCUGGUUAUAGCAUAUAUCAAAUGAACAAUGCUGAUAUAUUAUUUGGAGGGAUCACCAUUGUUGGUGGAAUUGUGGGAACACUGGGAGGAAGUAUUAUUCUGGAUCGUAUGAAUUCGACAAUCCCCAAUGCUUUUAAGCUUCUUUCCACUGCAACAUUUUUUGGAGCGAUAUUUUGCUUUAGCGCCUUCUGUUUCAGUAACUUGUACAUUUACUUGGUUCUCUUUCUUAUUGGGGAGAUACUUGUUUUCGCCACUCAGGGGCCCGUGAAUUUUGUGUGUCUUCAUACUGUUAAACCAAGUUUGAGACCGCUAUCAAUGGCUAUGUCGACUGUUUCGAUUCAUGUCUUUGGUGAUGUGCCAUCAUCUCCACUUGUUGGUCUUCUUCAGGACAAAGUUGACAAUUGGAGGAUAUCCGCUUUGAUUUUAACUUCAGUAUUUUUCUUGGCGGCUGGAAUAUGGUUUAUAGGUAUCUUUCUCGACAGUGUGGACAGAUACGAUGAAGGUAGUGAGCAUGCGGGGUCCGUUAUUGAGCAGCCGGAUGUAAUGCCGUUGCUUGAAAAUAAGCCGGCAACUGCUUCACCAUAAGCUAGAUUGAUGACUCAACACGGAGUAAAUAUACAGAGUUUUCCGCCACUCUUGUUUGUAAUUUUAAGAGUUUUCACUCGUGUAGCCGGACGGUUUAGUACUCUCUGGAUGUGUGCAUAUAUUGGUGAUUAAAUAUUUGGUUAACAUAUAGCGGAAACAAUUGUAUCGAUCAUGGUGGAUUAGGUAUUACUUGAAACGUUCAUGUAAACAACAUGUUAAAAGUAUUAUCAACUAUAUGUAUUCGGAUUACUGGGCUCUGUGCUAGGGAUAUAAAUCAUCUGCAAUAGCCCUCAUAUCUCAAUGUAAGUUUGUUUGUUGGGGUUCC